AUGCUGAUCGACUGUCUAAUCUUAUGGUUCUUAGUUGCAACGCCGGUUGGAAAUGCCGCUGCUAUGACCCCCGAGCAAUGGGAGUCGGACAUCAGAGAGGCACAAAGAGCUCAUAUUGAUGGCUUUGCACUGAACAUUGCUCCCCAGGACAGCUACACGGAUGAUGUCCUCGAGAAAGCGUACUCUGCAGCGGAGAGAGUUGGGAAUUUCUCCCUCUUUCUGUCUUUUGACUAUGGAUCAGGGGGGCCAUGGCCGGCCGAUCGGGUGAUCUCAACGAUCAACACCUACCGGAAUCGAAGUGCCCAAUAUCACUACCAGGGAAAGCCGCUAGUCUCGACAUUUAUAGGGGCUGCUAAUGCAGGCGACUGGCCGUACAUCAAAGGGUCUGCUGAUUGCUUCUUCAUGCCAUCCUGGCCCGAUAUGGGGCCGGCCAAGCUUAGGGAUUACCUGGACAUCAUUGACGGCGCUUUCAGCUGGGAUGCCUGGCCGGUGGGGGCACAGAACAAAAACGUGACGAGCGAUCGAGAAUGGAUGCACGCUCUUUCCGGAAAGCCGUACAUGAUGCCCGUCUCGCCCUGGUUCUACACCAAUCUACCCCAGUGGAGCAAGAACUGGCUCUGGCGCGGGGACGAUCUGUGGCAUAUACGGUGGGAGCAAGUCAUGAGCUUGCAGCCGGCCUUUGUCCAGAUCAUCAGUUGGAAUGAUUACGGAGAAUCUCACUACAUAGGACCAAUCUACGAAUCUGGGAUGCCCGAUGGAUCUUCCAAGUACGUCUUGGAUUGCCCGCACGAUGCGUGGCGGGCACUGCUGCCCCACUACAUUGCCGCCUACCGAGGAUGCAGUAUAGGCGGUCUGUACCAGGCGAAUCAGACCCUACCUUUGGAGGAUAAGAUGGUGUACUGGUAUCGCCUGAAUCCGAGUUACGCUGGGAGCGCCAAUGGCACGACGGGCAAUGAUCCUGGCGUGGGCCAGGAGGUGAUGCCACCGAGUGAACUCGCCCAGGACCGAGUAUUUGUCAGUGCUACUGUGAAAGAUGCCUGUGAGAUGUACGUUCAGAUUGGAUAUUCGGAACCUACGGGAAUUCAGGCGUCGGGUCCGGGAAUUCAUCACUUUUUUGUGCCGUUCAAUGGGCAAACGGGGCCGGUGCGAAUAGUGAUGGUCCGGAAUGGCUAUGAGGUUGCCGUUGCGGUUGGACCGGCAAUCACGGAUGAUUGCAAGGAUGGCAAUGUCAACUGGAACGCCUAUGUGGGAACGAGCGACUAG